AAACUGCCAGUGUCCAACAGAAGGUCAAUUUCUCUGAAGAAGGAGAAACUGAAGACGAUGAUCAAGACAGUUCUUACAGUGAUGUCACUACUGUUAAGGUCAGAUCCAGGGACUCUGUUGAGUCUAGAGAUCAAGUCACCAGACUAUCUGGUCAAUAUCCAGAAUCACUUUGGAGGUUUACACAAAGUCAAGACUUCACAGCUCAUGAUAAGCAACCGUCAGUGCUGGGCUCGGCAUAUCAAAAACCCCCUCAGGAAUGGGUUGAACAAACCAUAAGAAUGAGGACUAAGAUGCCAAAUGACAGCAUUCAAAGAUCAGAGCUUGGAAACCAAUCUCCAUCAACUUCCAGUCAACAAGUGGCUGAACAACCCCACAAUGAAUCUUUUGUCAAGAUGAAGUGGUGGUGGUGGUACCUCCUUUUUGCAUUAACUAUUUUUGCUGGGAUAUUUUGGUUCAUUCAUACUCCUGAGGUAGAAACCACUGCUGUUCAAGAAUUCCAGAACCAGAUGAGACAACUUAUGAAUAAGUACCAAGGUCAAGAUGAGAAGCUGUGGAAAAGAAGUCUAACGUUUCUGGAAAAACAUCUUAAUAGCUCCCAUCCUCGGCCCCAGCCUGCCAUUUUGCUGCUCACUGCUGCCAGAGAUGCGGAAGAAGCACUUAAGUGUCUGAGUGAACAAAUUGCUGAUGCCUAUUCUUCCUUCCGUAGCGUCCGUGCCAUCCGGAUAGAUGGGACAGGCAAAGCUGCUCAAGACAGUGAUAUUGUCAAACUAGAGGUAGACCAGGAGCUGAGCAGUGGCUUCAGAAAUGGCCAGAAUGCAGCUGUGGUACAUCGCUUCGAGUCACUGCCUGCAGGCUCUGCUUUGAUCUUCUACAAAUAUUGUGACCACGAAAAUGCAGCCUUCAAAGAUGUAGCCUUAGUCCUUACUGUCUUGUUGGAGGAGGAGACACUUGAAACCAGUCUAGGCCUAAAGGAAAUUGAAGAAAAAGUGAGGGAUUUCCUCAAAGUCAAAUUCACCAACUCUAACACACCCAGCUCCUACAAUCAUAUGGACCCAGACAAGUUGAAUGGGCUCUGGAGCCGUAUUUCUCAUUUAGUCCUGCCUGUGCAGCCUGAAAAUGCCCUGAAAAGGGGCAUCUGCUUAUAAAGGAGGAAAGAAGAGAAAAUCAUGUCUCAAGUUCUGAGAAUUUUUCACUUUCUAACCAGAACACACAGCAUUUUUUUGAAAGAAUUGGUUUCUUUUUAAAGGAAGUUCUUACAUAAACAUGAAACAUCCAAAUCAUUUAUCUAACCUAAUUGUGACGAGAGAAUCAUUUCUCUGUUUCCAUGAGAGCUAGGUUAAGGGUGUUUAGGAGAGAGUAACUUACAUGCAAUCCCCCAGAGGAUCUAUUUUGGCUCUGGGCUGAAUCAUUACUGCUGUGGUGUGACCAGUGAGAAGGAUUAGGCUUCUUAUGAAUUGUCCCUGUUUUUUAAGUAGGUUUUUCAUUUUGAGUUAUUAGUAAGGCAGCUUUCUAAUUGUAACCAUAGAUAUUCCCAUUGGAUUUUCUUUUAUACCAUUCAGUAUGAGUUCCUUAGUCAGCUUCUACUUACAGGAACAAAAGUUAUGAAAGGUCAUUGGGGCAUACAUUUAGAUUUUUUCUUCCCUUUGUUUUGAGUGGUAGAGAGGAGGAAGAAAGGGAAGAGUGAGAAAUUGUUGACUAGAGAAGGAAAUGGGAGGAAAAAAAAUAGUCUUUAGGAUGAAAUGUUACAGUAAGCCACUUGAGUGGUAGGUUAAACAUCUGAACUGUUACUUUGGUGAAUCCGGUUGGCAUUUGUGUUUUUGUUUUCUUUUAAGAUAUUCUUGCUCAAGUGGUCGAGUGCUUGCUUAGCAAGUGUGAGGCCCUGAGUUCAAUUCCCAAUAAACCACCCCACAAAAAAAUAAAAUCUUGGUUCUCUCAAGGAUUUUUAAAGCCUGUAUAUCAUGAGGUCUCAUAUAUUUCAGAUAUAAUCUGAAGUUUUUGUAUUAAAGAAAUCCAUAUUCAGAAAUUGGCAAACCAUUUGUUAACCGGCUGUCCUGGACUAUUGAGGAAGAAUUUAAUUUUCUGCUUGCCUACUUGUAACAUUCUAAGUCUUUUCCUGACACUCCAUAAGAAAUAUAAAGAUUAACUAUGCACAUGAUAAAUUUUAUUAAGAGUGCCUCAAGCCAAAAGGUAGUGAACCUUACCAUAUUUGAAGAAUGUUAGCUUUAUUUCUAUACUCCUGUAGAGUUUUAGUUGAAAAUUUGCAUCUAUACCUGAACUUGCUCAUCAGUCAACUGUUUUGGUUUCUUAAAAUGUUAAAAUUCUAGGGAUGGGACUGUAGCUCAGUGGUAGAGUACUUGCCUAGCAUGUGCAAGGCCUGGGUUCAGUCCCUAGUGCUGAAAAGAAAAGGAAAAAACCUUAAAAUUCUACCCAUCUUGGGUUUUGUUGUUUUUGUUUUGUUUUAGUCUAUAGUCAUUUAAAUGAAAAUACUGUUUUAGAGUAUGAGAACCACUUGUUCUUCAUCAUUUGCCCUGUGAGGUUCUCACGCCUAGUGGUAGAAAGUAGUAUAAUUUCUUUCCACUAGGAUAGGAAUCUAUCCUAGCCUAUAGGAAUAUAGGAAUCUUUCCAAUAUUCAUAAAUGUUUUCCUUUUAUUGUAAUGUGUUCUAUCAAGUCAGAUCAUCCGAUUCAUUUUAUAAGGGAUUAUAAAACAGGAAUUUUUGAAAAGGCUUAUUUUAUACAUAUUAUAUGGAGAAAGAAAUGUUUUUAUUAAAUGUUUCACUGACCUAAAUAAUUUUAAAGUAGUAUGUUAGUUUUAUCUUUCAGAACAAACAAUUGUAGUUGAUGU